CGAUAUAUUUACAAAAUGAAAUUUUUAGGUCUCGGUCUACUUUGUUUACUCGGUGCUUCAGUAUGGGCUGAUUUGGAACCGUUUCCAUCCUUAACGUAUCAAUAUGGAAACUAUUUACUAUCCGUUGUUAAUAAGUUGAAUUGGUACGAAGCAACGACAGCUUGUGCCAGAUAUGGUUACUCCUUGGCAUCGAUUCCCAACCAAAGGGCUCAGACUCGAAUAUAUAACGCGAUUCUCAGUUCGGGUUUCCAGAAAAUUCUGACCGAACCAGUCUGGACUUCUGGCUCGAAUCAGGCCAAUGGCGUUCAAUGGAGUUGGUAUUCAACUGGUAAUACAAUUACUUACCGUAAUUUUGCUGAGGCACCAUAUUCAUAUGUGUAUAAUUGCCUGGCUCUGGAUGCAGUUUCCGGAUUAUGGAGGGAUAUAAACUGCAUGGAGAAACGCUAUUUUGUUUGCGAAAAACGAUGUGCAUAAAGAGUACACUUAAUUCACUUAAGAAAAUAAUCAAUGAAAUCGUUCGUGUGUAUUUUAAAUUCAACGGUUAGGUGCUUGAGUGUUUUUCCAUAGCUGCCAGCUUUUGCACGCGACCAUGUAAAGCUUUCAGUGAGCUUUUUAAGCUCUUUAACCAAAAUAGAUUGAGGUAGCUGUUGUCAACCAGCAAGAUUUCCAUUGAUAAAACAAUUUGUUGUAGAGUGUGACCGAAUAGGAAAUACUCUUUUUAAAUAAAUGGUUUUAUAUUUGAUCCACACUU